CCUGCGCGGUAAUUCGUUGUCGUUAAAGUAGAAAGAAAGGCUGUUUGUUGUGGAAAAUAAAUCAAGUUUCUAUGUACCGUAAACACCAGCCAUGUCUGUUACGAGUAGAACAUGAAGAUUAAUCUUUUUCUUAUAUUAUGUUAACAGUUACUCGUUCUAAUUUGUUUCUUAUGUCAAAUGAUCCUUCGAUGACUGGUACAUCUGCUCAUCACAUUGAUACUACAAACAUGAGGGGACUUCAUGGAGAAGUUUUGCCUCCAUUAAAGGCGUCAAACAAAAAUUCGAUAAAUAAACUUAAUCAAGAAAAUGUAGGACAUUUGCCACAUUUAGGAUCUAUUCAAGUUCAACAACUCUACGAAGAAGAUGGAAGUCAUCACAACAAAGGUAAGACGGAUAAACGUCCACUUCCAACAGUUUCGAACAACAACAACAACCACUCAAGAUCGGCAAGCAGCCCAGACAGAAGAUCUACCACAUCAGCAGAAUCCUCUAAAAGUAAAGGACAGUCUAUGACCCCAGAGCAAUCCAUGAAAUUGUAUAUGCAUAAACUUACAACAUUUGAACACCACGAGGUAUUUAAUUUUCCACAAGUUUACUUUGUUGGACAAAGUGCAAAGAAACGUCAGGGAGUUGUUGGUGGAACAAAUAAUAAUGGCUAUGAUGAUGAUCAAGGUUCAUACAUUUUAGUGCCACAUGAUCAUAUCCAGUACAGGUAUGAAAUAUUAAAAGUGAUUGGUAAAGGAAGCUUUGGAUCUGUUAUAAAAGCUUUUGACCACAAAAAUCAAGUGCAUGUAGCAUUAAAAAUUAUCCGUAAUGAGAAAAGAUUUCAUCGUCAAGCUGCUGAAGAAGUUCGUAUUUUAGAGCAUUUAAGAAAGCAAGACAAAGAUAACACAUACAAUAUCAUUCACAUGUUAGAACACUUUCAAUUUCGUAAUCACAUGUGCAUUACAUUUGAGUUACUCAGUAUCAACCUUUACGAACUUAUUAAAAAGAACAAAUUCCAAGGUUUUUCUUUACAAUUAGUAAGGAAGUUUGCACAUUCUAUGUUACAAUGCCUUGAAGCUCUUCACAGAAAUCGAAUUAUUCAUUGCGAUUUAAAGCCAGAGAAUGUUUUGCUGAAACAACAAGGACGUAGUGGAAUUAAAGUUAUAGACUUUGGUUCAAGUUGUUAUGAACAUCAGAGAAUCUAUACCUACAUUCAGUCUAGAUUUUAUAGAGCACCGGAAGUUGUGCUGGGAGCUCGUUAUGGUAUGCCAAUUGAUAUGUGGAGUUUUGGUUGUAUAUUGUCAGAGUUACUAACUGGUUAUCCACUGUUUCCUGGAGAAGAUGAAGGGGAUCAGUUAGCUUGUGUUAUAGAACUCCUUGGUAUGCCACCGGAAAGGCUACUUGAAGGAUCGAAACGAGCCAAAAAUUUCAUCAGUUCAAAGGGCUACCCGCGAUAUUGUACAGUAACAUCUUUACCAGAUGGGAGUACUGUUUUGACUGGUGGUCGUUCAAGACAUGGAAAAAGUAGAGGUCCACCUUCUUCAAAGGACUUUGUAACUGCGUUAAAAGGAUGUGAUGAUCCAUUAUUUAUAGACUUUUUGAAGAAAUGCCUUGAGUGGGAUCCUAGUCAAAGAAUGAUUCCUUCUCAGGCACUUAGACAUCCCUGGUUACGUCGAAGAUUACCGCGUGCACCAGCUGAUGCUAAUGCAUUGACGAAUCACCAGCAUAUAAGUGACAAAAAUAAACACAACAGACAACACUCUGCCACCAUAACAGUUAACAAACUUCCACCUACUCAGCCCCCUUCAUCGAAACACAGAAGGAGGACCUCUGAGAAUGUUACAAUGUCAGAACAAAGCACUGACUUAAACCCACGUACUGUAUUACCAAAAAUUGUGGGAAGAUAAUUUUAGCUUUUAAAUUUUAGCAGAUUUAUUUUUAUGUGUGAAAUCACGAUAAAAUGCGGUAUACAUUUUGAUCUUUUAUAUUUAUUUAUUAUGUUCUUUAUGCAGGAUUUUAUAAUUUUAAACUUCAAUUUUUAACAAAUGAAAGCUUCACUCUUUUUUAAUAGUCAGUAUGUUGCCAUCAGUGGGUUUAAGAGGACAAAAGCAUAAUGAGUCAUUAGCAUACUUUUGAGACCGAGGCAAUUAUUGAUUUCAUUGAGGUAAUUGUUUUGAUUAUUAUGAGCAAUAUAUUCUAAUGACAAAUUAUAUUACACACUGGGGUGAAUUUUCCUGUAGAAGGUUGAAGGUUUUGUUGCGCAUUUCAAUUAUAUAAAAGAUUUUGAAUAAAUGCCUGAAUUUUAUAAUAAGUGAAUAGAGUUUUUAUUGAUAACAACUGGAUUGAGUAUGCAGUGCUGUUACUACAUACCUUUGAAUAUACAUGAAAAUUUAAUGAAAACAAUCUUGUUACCAUUUUAUGUUCAAUGCUUUUUAUUUCUAUAAAUCGAUUAAAUUAAACUUGAUUUUGUGUAACACUAACAUUUUUUUAACAUGACCUCGCACGUAUAGGGAUGAAAUCAGGCAUUUAUUGAAAAUAUAUUUACUGAGACUCCAACCUCAAGUUUAUGAAUUUUUAAUGAUAAUUUUAUAGCUUGCUCUCUUCUGGUUCAAGUUUGCUUCUAACAAAAUUAUCCUAAUAGUUUAUUUAACCACCGUUUUAUUCAUAGUUAUCUGUUCUGUUUUCAACUUCAGAGGAAUAUCUGAAAUCUAUAAAAAAUGGGGCAUUUUAGGUGUUUUAACUUUAGCAUAAGAAGCCUUAAAAAUAAAUCUUUUUAUAUCUUGAUUCACAAAAUUAACUUUCUAACAUAGGAAUAUCUAUAUUGUAUAUAUAUAUACAGAAGUGAAUGGAUAUUGUGUAUAGUGUAGAAAGGAUAAAAGAAACAUCUGCCGGCUAAUAUUCAGUUGCUAUGUAGCUUUCCGCCAUCUUGUAUUUAUUUCAGGUGAAGGUGUUUUAAAACUGAAGCUAGGAAAAUGAAAAACACACUGUCGUAAUUUAAGAAAUUGUCUAGAAUUAUCUUUUAAAGGUACUUUCGUCCAAUUGAUUUGCUCAACGCUUUGUUUAUGUUCGUUGCCAUAGUGUCUAUUUGACUUUCAAAAUAUAAAAAAAACUGUCGUGUUUUCUGAACUGUAAAGCCUUUCCUUUGAUAGUUUUGUACAUAAAAGUCUAUCCUUUGUAAAGUCUGUACAUAGCAACUGUGUAUUGUGCAAGAGUGUUUACACCGACAAUCUUUUGAUGUCUUUUUGUGUGUUAUGAAGACAUAAGAAUAUUGAUAUUGCCUUUAGGAUUUUAACCUGUUGGUGUCAAAAAAUCAAUAACGAUUCUACCCUCUUCUAUUCUGACAAUUUUUAAAUCACAAAAAGCUUGAUCUUUUUUUCCUUAUUUUAACCAAUUUUAACGCAUUUUAUCAUCACGAUUUUUUCACUACGUUUGACCACUUGAUGUGUAAAAAGUUCGAAAAAAAGAUUUUAUUCAAGGCUGAUGAAUUUAUAAUCUCCCAAUUUUGCCUCUAUAUAUUGACAUAUUUCUGGCAGUAUUCAACGCCUUGAAUAAAAUCUUAAACUGUAUACGCACUACGCUGUGAAGAAUAUUACUUUUAAACUGUACAAAACGUAUUUUAUUAUUGCAAAGAUUAUCUGGUGUGUAGAAUUUAUAGGCUUAUGUAUAUAUGUGUUAAUAUUGUACAGCAAAAAACGUAACAAAGGCGAUAAUGUACUUUUGUACGAAAUUACACAA